GGUAACACUAUUUUGAAGUAUACACAAGGUUAAUUUCGUUCAAACUAUUGUAAUUCAAGGUGAACAAAGAUCCAUCAAUACCACUGACGCAUAACAAAGAUUAGAUAUCAAAUUAUCCUCGAAUCCUCCACACCUGAAAGUAUAAUUGAGCCCACAUAUUUAUUAUGCUUUUAUAUUAGCAAAUGUAAUUUAUAACCUCAAUUAACAUAAAUAAAUUUAUUCACUCUUUUCCAACAGUUAUUCGUCCAUUUUUUAAAUAUUAAGCUUACAUUUACAUCUUAUAACAAUAUUGUUUGUCACAAUUUAUUUGUACCCUUAAAGAAAUGGAAGACACGGCUAUUCUCGUGCUAAAUGAACCACCAAAUCCUCGAGACUCUACAAUUUUACAGUUUGACCAGGACGGUGAGGAUUCCUACGACGUGGUAAUUGCCCCCUUGCGCCGGGAUGAAGUCGGACAACAAAUGAUCGUCACUUAUCCCGACUGGUCCUUCACCAACGCGGUAAUGAGUAUUACCCCGCUAGUCGGAGUAGUUGAUGAGGUCGGAGCCUACCUCCGACCAAAUGUUGGUACGACUCUGGAAGUCCGGGCGGAGGUUGGCAACACGUUCUUCUGCUGUUCGAGUUCCAAAGGAAGAAAGAUGACGAUCGGAAAUUUAAUUCAAGACAGAAUUUAUCCCGAUACACGAUUUGUGGAACGAUGUACUUUCGACUAUCCAAAUUCUCGCGGGGAACACAUUGAUUUGUUUGACCCGGAUUCCGGCUCACGAGUCGGAUGGAUUCUUCCUGGAGAAGGUGUAGGUGUAACCGCUGGGGUAAAAAUCGGUCUGCAUGCGGAUCCCAAGAACUCGCCGAGAUUUACCACGUGCAGAAAUACAGAGGGUGGGGCGGGAAUUAUGAUUCGAAAUGUUGACGGACAGACUUUGGCAACUGGAAAAGUAACUCGAUCCGCGACAUACUGCGGGAUUAAGACAUACAAACAACUCAAGAUCGUUCUGCCCCCUUUGAACUCCAACAAAGUGUCCAGUUCCGAGAGAACCUUGCUCUUCGCGACGCUUAUGGUUUGGGGUCUUAACCUGCAGAAUUACAAAGAUGAGAUAGAAGAUAACUCAACGGAAAACUCCUUCGGGAAAUAUUUAACCAUCGCAAUUAUUGGAAUCCUCCUUUUUAUCACGUUGUUGUGUUUCAUAGUAUACAUUUCAACUUUAUAAGUAAAACAUGAAAUUACUAAAGCUCAGGAAAAUAUGUAUGAAAGCUUGACAACACAAUUUAUGUAACAAGGAGCAAAUUUCUAACAAUUACCCAUUUAUGAAAUAAUGCAGAAAUUAAAAUAAAAAAUCGGUAAAGGUAGCCUUAUAUCCGUAUAGCUCAGUGGUCGGAGCACGUGACAUGAAAACAGGGGGUCACGGGUUGGUAUCCAACUGCGGUCACCACUUUUUAACUUACCUAUUAGAGAUUCCGUACUUCAUUCAAAACUGAGGUCCAUAAAUAUUCACUGGAUGCAUAUGCUUAUAUUUCUUUAAUGGAAUAUUAAUAUUUUAGCGAAUAAAUUGGCAUAUUAGUAAACUGGAA